AUGGCAAGGCCACGUCCACCGGACCCGCUGGGGCGGCCCGGUGAAUGUGUGGAGUUGAGUCAUCAUAGUCGACUCCAGUUAGUCGAGGAUGAUGAGUCCGACGUGGCCAUCCUGAUCAAUCACAUCAGUGGCGAGCGAGUCGUACUGGAGAAGAAGACGGACGAUGGCCGGCUUCACUUCACUCCGGACCAAAGAUACGGCUUUCUGCUCAUGGGCGGCAAGUCGGUCUGGGCGAGACUCUUGAAGUGGCAUGGUUUCCAAUGCCGAUCCAGCGGAGAGACAUUCCUCGCUCACAAGCUUGCUGGAGAGGCCGGCGUGGUGGUUCAAUGGCUGGACGAAAGCAUCGGCAGAACCUGGAGAAAGCUGGAUUUGCCAGGCCAGAGUGGAGCAGCCGUAGUUUGUUUAGAAUUCGACCAGACGUACCGCAAAUCAGGCUGCAGCGUGUACUGGUCGCUACAGUCUUUGCUUAAGAGCUUCCUGUCGGCUGAAUCUGCGUCGAAGAUUUCACAAACCAGCAUUUCGACUUGGUUCCGAAAGUCUUGGCGUUCGGUGUUGGAAAAGCACCUAGGCCGAGGCUGCCGAGUGGACGAUCAUAUCCUGGCGACAGAUCGCCAGCGGGCCACUUCUUCAUCAGCAGUCGGCCCAGCUGAUGCCGCAGUCGUCCCCGGGCAAGAUGAUGAUGCAGCAGUAGAGGAUGCAGUCGGCCCCGUGGCGGACGACAGCGUCGAUGGCGGCAGGCGUCAAACUGAUGAUGAGGAGGACCUGUUACAAGUCAACAUCACAAUGUUGUCCACUGUCGCCAUGCUGCAGCUCUUGUUGCACAUGUGCAACAAGCCUCCGAUGGACGUGUCGGAGGAUGCUGUUCGGCAGUUCACCCGCCGAUUGCUGGCUUGUUUUCAUGUCGGCCUGGACUCAAAAAGAGAAGAGCCCAUCGUUCACAGCCAGUGGCUCAGACUGCGGUUCGACGAACAGUUUUCGCCGCACAUGUCGAGGACGACUUUCGGCGAGCCUCUCUUCAGCGUCAGCAAGAAGCUGCGAUACGAAAUUGUGGAAAGCAGCCAUUGCUGGAAGAUGCUGCCAAAAGCUGUCAAGAAGAGCGUCGCGCUCCGCAGUCGAGAUGACAUCGUUUCCCUUCUCAUUGGAACUUUUCGGCGCUCAAAUUGCGCAUGGAUCACCGAUCAACUGGCCUUCGGGAUUGCAGCCACAGUGGAAGCUGAAAGGUACCUGGUUUUUCAGAAGUCGUCCACUGUCAUGAGCGAGUCGGCCGCAAACAUCAAGCCGCGCCGAUCGCUCAAUGAUGCUGCGGUUCUGGCACAUCGUGCCCGCGAAGCCUUCAAAGACAGAAAGUCGGACAAGAAGGACCUGCUGAGGUAUUUCUUGGGCUGCCGGAGGGCGAUGGCCGACACCCGUAUUUUGGCCAUCGCUGAUGACGAGUCUCGUGUUGGCGGCAAGGAGCGGCUUAUGCUGUGCGCGAUGAGCGAGCAAGGUGAGAUCAGGGACAUGAAGAUCCGGAUGGCGCAACCUGGGGAGCCAGUCGAACAAGUCGACAAGGACCUUUGGAAGGAGCGAGCUCGUCGCUUCUUGAAGCGAGAGGCUGGCCGACAGCAGGAACUGGAAGAUUCGGCGGUUGUGCGCAAGCGGCUGCGGCCUCCGGCCCGACUGCCUUCCUUCGACCUGUUGCUAGCCAAGAGCAAUGCUUUGGCUUGCAUCACCGGCCAUGGUCUCGAGGCUUUUGUGCCGAAGGAUGAAGACAAGUCGGUGCCGCUCUGGGAAAGACACGUGCUAGUCGAGAGCAGUGAUCAAGGGUCCCUAGAAGAUCCUCUCCACAGCAUGUGGAAAUCUUUGCUCAACGGCGUGAAGGAGUCGAACCUCUACUCAGUCGUCAGCCUCAGCACAGUCUGGCUCAACCUUCACGAAGGGAAGUGGUGGGCAGAGGUGACAGAGGCUUGGACAGAGUUUGUUGCAACGGCGGACAAGCGAGAUCCGCUGAUUUGUGCAACUCUCAGUCGCAUGAGUCGGUUCAGCGCCGACCAUGGAGUCACGCUCGAUGAUUUCAUGAGCGAUCUGGCAGCUGGCAACUCAAAUUUUUUGCAUCGCAGGGGUGAGUCGGUUCAGCCGAGUCGCUGGUUUACGUGGCAAGAUUCAAUUAUGAAGAGGCUAGACAACCCUGCGGAUCUACACUUGCAGUACCUGGUCAUGUUAUUCCAUGGCAUCUCCAUGGGAUACUUGGCCGUUACAAUCAGUUACAAUGUCGUUUUUUUCAUUUGCAACGAGAAAGAAUAA